UUUUAAAAAGUUUUAGAGCAUAUUUUUAUGCAUAUUUAAUAGUUUUUAAGUGCAUUAAAUUCAUAGCCUUGCUGAUGAGUAUACAGUAUACUAAAACGAUGAAAGGAGAACAAUUUUGGAACAAAUUUACUUUACUGGACACCCUUUUUUUUAAAUUUUUUUUUUUUAAAUACUUGUUUUUUUAUGCUGAAUUAAAAACUGUUUGAAAAGUUAUGGAAGUUCAAAGUUGCAGUGAUUACGGGUGUAUCGGAACUCGUCGCUGCGCUUCGCAAAUCGAAAAUAUCCCCCGAUUUGUUGUGUAAAACCACCUCAGGUGAAUCUCGGUCUCCCUCAAUAUUGCGAAAAGUUACCGUUCAAAGGUUAUGAAAAUUCAAAGUUGCAGUGAUUACGCGUGUUUCGGCACUCGUCGCUACGCUCCUUGGCGCCGUCGCUACGCUCCGCAAAUCGAAAAUAUCCCCUGAUUUGUUGUGUAAAACCACCUUAGGUGAUGAUCCUCAAUAAUGUUUCUAAGUACCUAGUGUGGGCAAUCUCUCGUCGGUCGUACAUUCAAAAUUUAUGGAAAUUCAAAGUUGCAGUGAUUACGCGUGUAUCGGCACUUGUUGCUACGCUGACCACGCUCGAAACAUACUUAGUUAUUACGAUAAAAUCGUAGAUAAAGAACGCAUUUAAAAACUAUAUUACCAAUUAUUACCUAUAUUAUAGGUAAUAGUGUUUAAAUUCGUUCUUUAUCUACUAUUUUAUCGUAAUAACUAAGUAUGUAUCGAGUAUUGACGAAAUCAUCACUGCAACUUUGAACUUUCAUAACUUUUGAACGGUAAGUUUGCGGGAAUUUUUUCAAACAGUUUUGAAUUCAACAUAAAAUAACACGUAUUUUGGAAAAAAAAAAGGGUGUCCGGUAAAGUAGAUUUAUACCACAAUUUUUAAUAUUUGACAGUGGAGCAUCACAAGAUCGAGUUUUAAUAUUUUCGACCGAAAAUAAUUUAAAAUUAAUGGAUCAAUCAACUAAUUGGUUAGUCGAUGGAACUUUUAAAACGUUACCUUCACUUUUUUAUCAGUAAUUCACUAUUCAUGUACUUAUUCAACAAGGUGGCCAAACAGUUAGUCCUACCAUUUAUGCAUUAUUAACCGAUAAAUCUCAAUUAACAUAUUAUAUACGUUUUUUUUAAUAUUUAUUAGAAAUAAAACCAUCUUUAAAUCCUACAUCGGUAAUAAAUAAUAAUGGACUUUGAACAUGCCCCAAUCAAUGCAUUCAAAACUGUUUUUCCAUAUUCUGAACAUCAAGGUUGUUUUUUCAUUUUUCUAAAUGUAUGUGGCGACAAAUUCAAAAUGUUGGUCUAGUUGAAAAUUAUAUUAAUAAUACUAACUUUGCUCUUCAUAUUCGUAUGCUAGCUGUUUUGGCCUAUGUUCCACCGGAUAACGUUAUUAAUGCAUACGAAGAAAUUUUAGAAACACAAUUUUAUGUUGAAAAUGAAGACCUGUUAAUGUCAUUCUUGGAUUAUUUCGAGGAUAACUGGGUAGGAAAAAUAACAGGAAGACGAAAAACUCGACGACAACCAAGACAUCCUAUUGAUAUUUGGAAUUGUCACUAUUCAGCCAAUAAUGGUCUUCCAACAACAAACAACGCUGUUGAAGGCUGGCACAGAGGAUUUACAUCUGUUAUUGGCACAAGCCACCCUAAUAUAUGGAAAUUCAUUGAUGGAAUUAAGAAAGUUCAAAAUAUAGAAGAAUUGAAACGAGAGCAGUAUAAUGCUGGAAAACAACCACAGAAAAAAAAAGUAUGAGGACUGUAAUAAAAGAAUUCAUGCAUUAAUUACAAAUUAUAAUACUAAUGAGAAUAAGAACUUCAUAAAAGGUAUAUAGCAUAUAAUUUGUCACUGAAUGCCUAGAUAUAAUAAUAUUUAAAUU